AUGGUGCGUGCAGCAGUUGCGCCGAAGGACACGCAUGUGCCCUCGCUCACGUUCCGGUCGACUUUGAUUGGACUGACACUAGCAACGGUCCUUAGUUUUGUCAACCAGCUGCUGUGGUUCAAGACGACGCCCAUUAUCAUUGGCGGGUUCUUCGUGCAGAUUAUCUCGUUCCCGAUGGGCUACAUUCUAUCGCGGAUACUGCCAACACGGGAGUUCACCACGUUCGGCUACACGUGGACGCUCAACCCAGGCCCGUUCAGCAUCAAGGAGCAUGCCAUCAUAUCUAUUUUCACUGCGUCGGCAUCCAAUGCUGCUUACGCGAUUGACAUUGUGGUGGUCGAGAACGUGUGGUAUAACCGGGGGAUGGGUUUUACGCCGGCGAUUCUAAUCACCCUGUCAUCGAUGAUGCUAGGCUACAGCUACGCCGGCCUGCUGCGAGAGUUGCUCGUGUAUCCGGCAGCCAUGAUCUGGCCGGUGUCAUUGGUCAGUGUGACGCUGUUCCGGUCAUUCCACGAAAAAACGCCAUACCUCUACCACACCUCGCGCACAAAGAUCUUCUGGAUCGUGUUUGCGUGUGCAUUUGUGUACCAGUUCUUUCCCGGAUUCAUCAUGCCAGUGCUGACGUUUGUUCCGGUACUAUGCUUGGCAGCGCCCAACAAUGUGAUCGCACAUCAGGUCGGCGACUCGUUCCACGGGCUGGGCGUGCUCAACUUUACCUUUGACUGGACCUCGAUAUCGACCAUCUUUGGCUCCCCGAUUGCCAUUCCAUGGUACCUUGGCUGCAAUAUGUUUGCAGCCUUUGUCCUGACCAUGUGGAUCGUUACGCCUGCGGCAUACUACAACAAUGUGUGGGGAUCUGGCAACCUGCCGAUCUACUCGAGCAGCAUCUUUCGGGCCAACGGUUCGCUCUACAAUACCUCAGAGGUUAUGGACGCUGAUGGCGCCUUUGGAUCCGAAAAAGCUCUGAAUCACAGCAAGGAUAUCUACAACCGCCUUCGGCAUUUGAAUGUGGGCGACGACGAUGUGCAUGCACGGCUGAUGCGAAGGUACCCAGAGGUUCCCCGGUGGUGGUAUGCGAUCACACUGAUCACAAUGCUUGCGUUGGGCAUCACUGCAUGCGAGGUAUAUGACAUGCUUCCCUGGUACUACAUGCUGCUCGCCAUUGCCAUGUCAAUCACCUUCCUUGUGCCUGUGGGCAUUGUCCAGGCAUUGAGCAACCAGCAGCCGGGCUUGAAUGUCAUUACAGAGCUGGUGAUCGGAUUCGCUCUCCCCGGCAAUCCACUGGCCAACGUGACAUUCAAGCUGUUCGGCUACAUCAGCGUUACCCAGGCGCUGGGGCUGGUUGCCGACCAGAAAAUCGGCCACUACAUGAAGAUUCCGCCCCGACACGUAUUCAUCGCACAGCUCUCUGGCACCAUUGUCACGGCCUUUGUGCAGUGCGGCACGGCAAUUUGGAUCAUGGGCUCAGUCAAGGACAUUUGCAUGACCAAUGCCGCGUGGAUGUGCAAUAACGCGCGGUUGUUUUACGCUGCAUCGAUUAUCUGGGGCCUGGUCGGCCCGCAGCGGCUGUUUGGCAGCGAGUCCGACUACCACCCGUUGAUCUACUUGUUCAUUAUCGGCGCACUGCUGCCCAUACCGGUGUGGUAUUUGCAGCAGCGGUACCCGAACAGCUUCUGGCGGUGGGUGAACCUGCCGGUGUUUUUCGCAGGCCUGAAUGCCACGCCGCCGGCGGCCAGCGCGUCAGUCGUCGCGUGGUUCCUUGUCUGCUUUGUAUUCCAGUUCAUCAUCCAUAGGUACCGGUACGGAUUCUGGCAGAGGUAUGCAUUCGCUAUCUCGGCAGCCCUGGACUCGAGCGCGGCAUUCGCCACCGUGGUGAUCUACCUGGCGUUCACUUUGUCCAAUAUCUCAAUGCCUGACUACUGGGGCUCAAAGACAAACCUUUGCCCACUGGCGAACUGGCGGCGGCGGCUACAAAAACUACCAGGACUUCCACCAGCCGUCCACAUGUAUUAUCGGUUUCUUAUCGUCAAUAAAACGUUUAGCAAAUAUCCACCAGCUGUAUAUAUCAAAGUACAAGGAGGGCAUAUCAAGCCUGCUGCUCGCAAGCCAUCUUGCCAUCGCUCUCACAUUGCUCCCGAGUUCAGGAUAGUGUAG